GUUAGCUAUGGCGACAUAUCAACAAAUCUCGAGUUCUGCAAAUAAGUUCUUGAUAUCAAACUAACCUGAGGAAAUUUAAAUACUUGAAAAUGGGUACAGCCAAUAGCUCACAUGAAAAAGAAAAUGAUGUUCCAGCAUUCAAAAUUGUACUUGUUGGUGCUCCUAAGUCUGGUAAAUCAAGCGUUUUCUUAAGAUACAUAAAAAACCAGCAUGUGCCUUACUAUACCUCAUCAAGGAAGCCUGUCAUUGAGAAUUCAGUGAGAAAGCUGAAUAUCCCUGGCCAUGCUAUUGUGUCUGUCACAUUGUGGGAUCUGCCAGGCAGAGAGGACGUGGACCUCAGAAGAACCUACUUCAGGGAUGUGGAUGCUGCCAUAGUGGUGGUGGACAUGAGUGAUGACACGAGCAUAGAAAUGGCAGGCGUGUGGAGGAGGGAAGUCCUCAAUCAGGCAACGGUAACACAGCCAAGGGAGGUAACCACCAACAGCUCUGGUCUGGUAGAGAGCAGAGACGAGAACCCAGUGCCUGCUGGUGACAUCCCUGUACUGCUGUUGGGCAACAAGUAUGAUGUCAUUGACAAGCAAGUUAGAGAAGACAAAGAGAAUGCUGAGAGAGAAGUACAGGAUGUCUGUGUUGAUCAAAUGAAUGAUGACAGAGGUAGUACUGGUGAAGAUGAGAACGCCCAAGAAACUAAAGAUGACCCAUGGAGCUAUAAUCCGUCCUUUCCGCCUCAGCGAGGUCCUGAACCUGGAGAGAAGAAACCAGCAUGUGUGAGAUUGCUGGAGAGAAUCUGUGAGGAACAUGACUUUCUGGCCAGUGUGAUGGUAUCAUCUAGCGCUAAUGAUGGGUCAGUGGAGGGAGCCAUACAGAGUCUGGUCCGUUACCUGGUCGUGAAGAAGUACCCACACACUGUGGAGAAAUGGAGACCAGUGACCAGCCCAGCAGUGCACUCCAGACAAGGGGAGACAAUCCCUACUGACAUGGAACUUCUUGGCAUUAAUCAGUUUGAUGAAAUUUUCCAACGGUGUGACCGUAUUGUGAAGCGUGUGGAUGAUCUGUGUUCUCAUCAGUCCCUGGCCUUUAGGAGGUUUAGAGAGGCCUGCUUCCUUCUGGGGGUGCUGGAGUCCAUUAAGUGUAACCUGGAGACUUGUGUGGAAUGUUUGAAAGAGGCCUUCCCAGAUGAAAACCCGUUACAGAUUGUAGAAAAAGAUGGGUUUUAUCACCUUGAAGUGCAGACAACAAGGGAGCUAAAUCUGCGAAAAGAUGUUAAGCUGGUGUUUGAUGUGUUCAACAUGGAGCUUGCUGCUUCCAGUAGAGCCAUCUUGAGGGAAUUCCCAGACCUGGUAGCUUCUCUGCAGAACCAGGAGGAGCAGCUGACAGGGGUGUGUGAGCAGAGCGAGGUGAUCAGUGCCCUGGAGGACCUAACUGAUGGCCAGUGGAGGGUGGAGAGGAACAGAGCCAGGAUGAACCAUGCACGGCAUAAGGCAGAGAAGGGGUGCCAUCAUACUAGGACCAUGGCAGAGAAAAUAGCCUUAGCCAUGGUGUGGUGAUGGAUUGGAGGCUUGGCUCAACAGUUCCUCAGAUCUCUGCACUGGUAGCAAGGGUGUUGGUCACAAUAAGCUGUCAGUGAGGUUCAUAGGGUCAUUUGUGCCAUCAAACUUUCAUUGAAGACCACCUAUAAGGCAUGCAAGUUUGUCAGUGAUUUGCCGAAGGUUAGUGCUUUACCCCGAGAGGCAACCAGAUGCCAUAGUAUAACUGGAAAAUGUUAAUCAGUAAUCAGUUAAUUAAGAAUGACAAAUAUCAAAAAGCUGCAUUUACUGAGUCUUCUUGUGACAUUGCCAAUAUGGCAUUAAACAAGAAUUUUUAAAAAUUUAAAAAAAAAAACAACAACAAUUGAUUCUUGUCAUAAGCAGUUACAAGUUCCAGUCUGGGCUAAAUCUUAAGGUGGCAUAUUA